UUUCUUGAUGUAUCAUGUGACGGCGACUUGAAUGCGGAAGCGCAUCACUGCGCCGACGCGGGAAACACACGAUUGAGCUCGUGCAGUCAAAACAACACCGCACUUCUGUUUACGGCCUUGUUUAUCCUGUGUGAGGCUACAAUUCAAAGCACUGGUCCAAAAUGUCUAAGAUUGAAAAGAUGAGUAUCCUGGGAAUAAGGAGUUUUGGAGUUGAGGAUAAAGACAAACAAGUGAUCACCUUCUUCAGCCCUUUGACGGUCCUUGUGGGACCUAAUGGAGCUGGGAAAACGACCAUCAUUGAGUGUCUCAAGUACAUCACUUCAGGAGACUUUCCACCAGGAAGUAAAGGAAGCACAUUUGUUCAUGAUCCCAAAGAUGCCCAUGAGACGGAUGUACGGGCACAGAUCAGACUCCAGUUUAGAGACGUGAAUGGCGAUCCUGUGGCUGUCCAGAGGUCUAUGCAAAGCACACAGAAGGGCAAAAAAACGGAGUUCAAAACCCUUGAGGGUGUCAUUACAAGGUUCAAGCACGGAGAAAAAGUGGGCCUGAGCUCUAAAUGUGCUGAAAUGGACCGUGAGAUGAUCUCAGCGCUGGGCGUCUCCAAGGCUGUUAUCAACCAUGUCAUCUUCUGCCACCAAGAGGAGUCCAACUGGCCUCUCAGUGAAGGAAAAGCCCUCAAGCAGAAGUUUGAUGACAUUUUCUCAGCCACAAGGUACAUUAAGGUAUUGGAGACCCUGCGGACACUGAGGUUGAAGCAGGCCAGCAUUGUUAAAACCUGCCAGACGGAGCUCAAGUACCUGAAACAGAACAAAGAUAAAGCCCAAGAGAUUAGAGAGCUGCUGUCCACUAAAGAGGCUCAGCUGGCUUCCUCUAAAGAAAGCGUCCAACGCAUCGAGAGUCAGAUUGACCCACUGGAGAAUCGAAUGUUUGACAUAGACAGCAGCCUCAGCAAAGUGAUGAAGUUGGAUAAUGACAUCAAAGCUUUGGACAGCAGGAAGAAACAGAUGGAGGAUGAUAACCGGGAACUAGAGGAAAAGAUGGAACAGGUGUUCCAGGGCACAGAUGAUCAGCUGCAGGACAUGUAUCAGAACCACCAGAGGACUGUGAAGGAGAAGGAACGGAGACUUACAGAGUGCCAGCGUGAUCUUGAACGUGCCGGCCGAGAGUGCCAGAGGAUGAACCGCAACAAAUCUGACCUGCUAGUUGAGCAAGGCCGUCUGCAGUUGGAGGCAGAUAGACACACACAAAACAUUAAAAGGAGGGACACCCAGGUCAAGAGUUUAGCAUCUUUCCUGGAGUUGGAGGGUUAUGACCGGACCCCUCUUAAUGAGCGACAGCUCCAGAGCUUCCACAGACAAGUCAAAGAAAGACUGGAUCAGGACACAGAGGCCCUCAACCAAACUAUGCAUGAUAUGCAGGAGAAAGAGGCGCAGAAGCAGCAAAGCAUCGAUGAUCUCCGAGAUAAAAAGGCAGGUCUAGAGAGAACCAUUGAGCUGAAGAGAGACAUACAGGCCAAGAAACAACAGGAACUGAAAAACAUCAAGUCUGACCUCCAAAGACUGGAGGGCUCCUCAAGCAGACUACAGGAGCUAGAAACUGAACUUCAGAAAUCGGAGCGUGAGCUUGAUAAUGCCAUGCAGGCCUGUACGGUGGACAGUCUAAAGGCAGAGGUGAUUGAACUACAGAAGGAGAAAACUAAACUGGAUCAGGCCCAGCGCAAGCUAGACCAGGAGAUGGAAUUACUCAACACACACACCGCGGCACGCACACAGAUGGACAUGCUCAAGAAGACCAAGAUGGAAAAAGAGGAGCAAGUGAGGAAGAUCAAGUCGAGACAUAAUGAAGAGCUGGUGUCUCUGAUGGGACACUUCCCAAGCAAGAAAGAGCUAGAAGACUGGAUCUACUCCAAAUCCAAAGAGAUCAACUCCACCAGAGACCGGCUCAACAAAAUGAAUAAGGAGCUUGCAUCUGGAGAACAGAAGAAGACUCACUUUAUUGCCGAAGUCAAACGUAAGGAAGAGCAGCUGGCCAGCUAUGAAGAGAGACUUUUUAAUGUGUGCGGCAGUCAGGACUUUGAGUCGGACUUGAACAAACUGGAGGAUGAGUUGGAGAAGUGUUCCAAACAGAGAGCUAUGCUGGCGGGUGCCACAGCUGUGUACAGUCAGUUCAUCAGUCAGCUGACGGAGGAGGGCGAGCCCUGCUGUCCUGUGUGUCAGCGUGUGUUCCCGUCAGAGGCAGAGCUCCAGGACGUCAUUAAUGACAUGCAGUCCAAGCUGCGGCUCGUCCCAGACAAACUGAAGAACACUGAGCAUGACCUGAAGAGGAAGGAGCGCAGGCGUGAUGAAAUGAUGGCACUAAAGCCCAUCAGGCAGUCCUUAGCGGAGCUCCAGGAGAAAGAGCUGCCAGAGCUCAGAAAUAAACUCCAGCGUGUGAAUCGAGACAUUGAGAAGCUGAAAGGAGACACUGAGGAGCAAGAGACACUGCUGUGCACACUGAUGUCUGAGGAAGACACAGCCAAGGCCUGUCUGCAGGACAUAUCACUCAUGGAUCGCUAUCAGCUUGACCUGAAGGAUGUAGAAAGGAAGAUCGCUCAACAUGCAGCCAGGCUUCAGGGAGUUGACCUCAGCCGCACCAUGCAGCAGGUCAGCCAGGAGAAACAAGAGACCCAACACCGCCUGGACACCACCUGCAGUAAGAUCGAGCUGAAGAGGAAACUGAUCCAGGACCAGCAGGAGCAGAUCCAGGCCUUGAGGAGCAGCGUAAAUGAGAUUCGUGGAGAAAAGCUCCAGAUCUCCAGCAAUAUGCAGAAACGUCAACAGUUGGAGGAGCAGUGUGUGGAGUUCUCCACCGAGAUCCAAACCCUUCACAGAGACAUUCGAGAUGCAAAGGAGCAGGUGUCUCCUCUAGCUGCCACUCUGGAGAAGCUCCAGCAGGAGAAACAGGACCUUGCUGAGCGCAGGAGACAGAAACAGGAAGAAGGACAGGAAAAGAUAAAUGCAAUCAAGGAAAAAGUUAAAAACUUGACCCUCCUUGAAAGAGAGAUUACCAAGUACAUAGAAGAGGGCAAGGACAGCUACAAAGAGCAAAAAGAAACUGAGCUACAAGAGGUGGACAAACAAUUACACGAGGCUGAAAAUCAGCGAGAGAAGAUCAAUAAAGACAUUGGCAACAUUCGACAAGACAUUGACACUCAGAAGGUUCAAGAGCGGUGGCUACAGGACAACUUGACCUUACGAAAGCGUGUGGAGGAGCUGAAAGAGGUGUCCAGGAAACGUGAAGACUUGGUUAAGGAGAUGGGCAAUAUGCAAGUUCUGCAACUGCGCAAUGAGCGGCGAGAAGUGGAACGAAAGUUGGAGGACCUAAAAAAGAACCGCAGUGUGGCUCUCGGUCGACAGAAAGGCUACGAAGACGAGAUCCUCCGUUUUCGUAAAGAGCUCAGUGAGGAUCAAUAUUGCCGGGCCGAGGAUCUCUACAGAGACCAAAUGAUUGUGAUGAGAACAACAGAGUUGGCCAAUAAGGACCUGGACAUCUACUAUAAAGCCCUAGACCAAACAAUAAUGAAGUUUCACAGCAUGAAGAUGGAGGAGAUUAAUAAAAUCAUCAGAGAUUUAUGGCGGAGCACAUACAGAGGACAAGACAUAGAGUAUGUGGAGAUACGCUCUGAUGUGGAUGAGAACACCUCCGCUGGCCUGAAAAGAAGGAUCUAUAACUAUAGAGUGGUAAUGGUCAAAGGAGACACUGCUUUGGACAUGCGUGGACGUUGCAGUGCUGGACAAAAGGUUCUUGCCUCUCUCAUAAUACGGUUGGCUCUGGCUGAGACGUUUUGUCUGAACUGUGGGAUUCUGGCACUGGAUGAGCCCACCACCAACCUAGACAGAGAGAAUAUAGAGUCCUUGGCACACGCACUGGUGGAGAUUAUCAAGAGUCGCUCUCGCCAACGCAACUUCCAGCUCCUUGUUAUCACCCACGACGAGGAUUUUGUGGAGCUCCUGGGAAGGUCCAACUAUGUGGAGCAUUUCUACAGGAUCAGGAAGAACCAGGACCAGUGCUCAGAGAUCACAAAGUGUAACAUUAACACUCUCAACUCCUACCUGCACUGAUGCAUCGCAUCAGAUGAGAGAAGAAAGACUGGUACUCUACAGAGGUGACAGAAUCAAAGUUUCGUGUUUGGACAGUUGUUAGGCAUGAUCUAAACACAAGGUUUAUCAGCCUCCCUGAACCUACCUACUAAAAGUGUAUG